AUGUUUAUCGUUGGGUUGACCGGAGGAAUCGCCACCGGAAAAAGCACCGUUUCACAGAUUUUUCAUGACCGUGGAAUUCCAGUCAUUGAUGCCGAUGAAAUGGCAAGAAAAGUUGUCGAACCCGGUGGACCGGCAUACGCUCAGCUGAGAGCCGAAUUCGGAGCCGAAUAUUUUGAUGAUGAGAAUGGUGGCGUGUUGCUGCGCAAGAAAUUGGGAACCAUUGUUUUCAAUGAUGCUUCGAAACGUCGCCGUCUAAAUGCGAUCACUCAUCCGGCAGUCAGAUGGGAAAUGCUGAAACAGUUUUUAUGGAUUCUCUUCUCCGGGCAUAAAUUCUGUGUGUUUGAUACGCCAUUGCUUUUUGAGGGAGGAUAUGAUCGGAUCAUACUCACUGUGCUCGUUGUUUACUGCACGCCAGAGCAAGAACUUGAGCGUUUAAUUCGAAGAGAUGAAUGCAGUGAAGAAGAGGCAAAAAGUCGGAUCAACUCACAGAUGGGGAUCGAGGAAAAGAAGCGAAAGGCAACGAUACUUUUGGAUAACACUGGAACCCAAGAGGAAUUGCGAUUACAAGUACAUCGAGUUAUUGAAGAGCUGGAAUCUAGGUGGACACCUUGGGUCAUUCGUGCAGCUGUUCUUCUCUUCAUCGGUUUAAUAUCGUUUCCCAUAUUUCGUCGAUUUUAU